AUGGAAGCUUCACAAAAUCUUCAGACACCCCCAAAGUUCAUUAACGAUGAUAGUGUGAGCCAAGAAUGUGAGAACCUGAUCUCUUCUUUACAUUCAGAGAAAGAUUCCACUGGAAAAACACUCUACAACUACCAAGGAUCUUGGUACUAUCCCAACACAGUCCAAGCAAUCCUAAACUUUCAAAAACAUUUCCGAGCACGAGACAACGAUAUCAUCCUAGCUUCUUUCCCUAAAUCAGGAACCACUUGGCUCAAGGCUCUAACAUUCGCCGUCGUCCAUAGAAACAAGUAUGCAACUAAUCUUGUGUCUCAUCCUCUCCUCUCCGACAAUCCCCAUAACCUCGUCCGGUUUCUUGAAGCUGAUUUAUAUGUUAACAAUCAACGUCCUGACCUGGAAGAGCUUCCUUCUCCUAGGCUCUUUGCAACCCACAUGCCGUUUCAAACGCUUCAUGAUUCUUUAAGAGAUUCACCUUGCAAGGUGGUUUACGUGUGUAGGGACAUAAAAGAUGUGUUGGUCUCUCGUUGGCAUUUCAUAAGCAAACUUGUUAAAAAGGAGUUAAAUUGUAACUACCCGCUUGAAGAGACGUUUGAAAAAUUUAUUAAAGGGGCUUACAGCUUUGGACCGUUUCAGGAUCAAGUCUUAAGUUAUUUUAAAGAGAGCUUGGUGAAUUCGAAUCCGGUACUCUUCAUGAGGUAUGAAGAAAUGAUAGAGAAGCCUGAGGCUCAAGUUAUGAGGCUUGCAGAUUUCUUAGGUUGUUCGUUUACUGAAGAAGAAAAGCAAAGUGGGACGGUGGAGAAGAUCUUGGAACUGUGUAGUCUUGGUAACUUGAGUAACUUGGAGGUUAACAAGAUGGGGACAUCUACUUGUGGAAUUGCUCACCAAGCGUUUUUUCGUAAAGGAGGAGUUGGUGACUGGAAGAAUCAUCUUACUGAUGAUAUGGCAAGAAAACUGGAUGAGAUGGUCAAAAAGAAACUAGAAGGUUCAGGGUUGAAGUUUGAGUGAUCUAAGGUGGUAAUCUUUGAUAUUCAAUAAAAAAAUAUUGUUAUGAUGAAGAAUUUAUGAAAGAUAAGCUUAUUUUACAGUUUGCUUAUCUUUUGGUGUGUUGUUUUUUUUCUUAAAUAUAUUGGAAAAGAUUUUCUUUUGUUUUCCUUUUUACAUGUACACAAUACACCUAAACAAAGUUAAAAAAAAAC